AUGGAAGAUGGAUUAGUAAAAAAAUUGGAAGAUAACACUAAACGAAUAUUUGAAAAUAUGAACGUUAAAAGUUCUUAUUCUGAAAUUACCAAGGGUAAAAUCAGAAGCAUUGAACCUCCAAUAAUAAUUAUACCUAAAAAGCAGCAAGAUAGUGAAACAACAAAAAAGCAAGUCGAACAAAAAAUAAAACCCGCCGAAAUAUCUGUUGCUGUUACAAAAAUAAAAUCAGCUGGCCAUGCUUCAAAAGCUCACUCACAAUACUUCGAAGAGGCGAUGAAUCAGGCAAUUGCCAAUGUUGCUGCCCUUCCUGGUAUAGUAGGUAAAUCCAUCGGACUGCCAGACAUUCACUCGGGAUAUGGAUUCGCCAUUGGCAAUAUGGCAGCGUUUGAUAUGAAUGAUCCGCUUUCUGUCGUUAGCCCUGGCGGUGUAGGGUUUGAUAUCAACUGUGGAGUCAGGUUGUUGCGGACAAAUCUCUAUGAAAAAGAUGUCGCACCAGUAAAAGAAAACCUAGCCCAAAGUCUUUUCGACCACAUUCCCGUCGGUGUCGGUUCUAAAGGUAUUAUUCCAAUGAAUGCCAAAGACCUCGAAGAAGCUUUAGAGAUGGGCAUGGAUUGGUCCCUAAGAGAAGGCCAUUCCUGGGCCGAAGACAAGGAGCACUGCGAAGAAUACGGCCGGAUGCUCAACGCCGAUCCAGCUAAAGUCAGCAUGAGGGCCAAAAAACGAGGCCUACCUCAACUAGGAACUUUAGGCGCAGGAAAUCAUUACGUCGAAAUCCAAGUUGUUGACGAAAUCUUUGACAAAUGGGCUGCAGCCAAAAUGGGUAUAGAAGAAAAGGGGCAAGUUUGCGUUAUGAUUCAUUCGGGGAGUAGAGGUUUCGGCCAUCAAGUAGCCACCGAUGCUCUAGUGGAAAUGGAGAAAGCAAUGAAACGGGAUAAGAUAGAAACUAAUGACAGGCAAUUGGCUUGUGCUAGAAUUAAUUCGAAAGAAGGGCAGGAUUACUUGAAAUCUAUGGCUGCGGCUGCUAAUUUUGCUUGGGUCAAUAGGAGCUCGAUGACGUUUUUAACUAGACAGGCAUUUGCAAAACAAUUUGGAAUGGCUCCAGACGAUUUAGAUAUGCACGUCAUCUAUGAUGUUUCUCAUAAUAUUGCUAAAAUAGAAGAACAUAUUGUUGAUGGCAGACAUAAAACACUUCUAGUUCACAGAAAGGGUUCAACUAGAGCUUUUCCACCGCACCACCCUCUAAUUCCAGUCGAUUAUCAAUUAACUGGCCAGCCUGUUCUGAUUGGUGGUACUAUGGGCACUUGCAGUUACGUUUUGACUGGUACCCUACAAGGAAUGAUUGAAACUUUUGGAUCUACUUGUCAUGGAGCUGGAAGAGCCUUAUCUAGAGCAAAAUCACGACGAAACAUCGAAUACAAAGAUGUACUGCAAAAACUAAAAGACAUGGAUAUCGCUAUUCGAGUGGCGUCUCCCAAGUUGGUCAUGGAAGAGGCUCCCGAAUCGUACAAAAACGUUACCGAUGUUGUGGAUACUUGUCAUGCGGCUGGUAUUUCUAAGAAAGCGAUUAAAUUAAGACCUAUUGCUGUAAUUAAGGGAUAAGGAAUUUUAAUUUUUAAGUCAUACUUUUUUAACUUUGUCUUUCCAAUGUAUCAAUAAAAAUAAUUCUUUGUUUGUUUUGUGUAUUUAAAGUAUACAGGGGGGGACACCCUGUUCAACAGGUCAAAAAUGCUAGUGUAGAGGAACCAUUGGCAAGUAGUUUGAGAUAGGAUAUCGAUGGUUGAUGAAGAAUUUCAAUUUAAAUAAAAAACCCCCUUUCAUUUCAUCUGAAGGGUUAAUGCUAGGCUGUUCAAAUUUUCAGGGAUUAUUGAUGUAGGAAUGAUAUUUGAAAAUUUGUAUAAUGAACCCCCAUUUUCUACAAAAAAAUAAAAUAGAAUUUCGAACAAAUUGCUUUUUUUUUCAGAUGAAAUGAAAGAGGGUUGUUCAAAUUUCAACACACUGUAUGUUGGAAACGACGCAAUUCCGACCAUCGGUGUCCUAUCUCAAUCUAAUUCUUUAUGGUUCUCCUAUAGUCCCAACUAUUUCAUAGGGACAGCAUCAAUUGCUAUCUCGGAAACGGCUAAAGUUACGAGGGAAUUAGGAAAAAGUUGCCAUUUUUGAAGAAAGUUAAAAAUAUAAAACUUUUGAAUUUGACUUAUGUCUCUAAAAUCAAUAGAUUUUAAAAUAUUUGAUGAAAUUGUUCAAUUUUCAAAAAUUACCCUGUAAUUUCGAAACUAAUAGAAAUUUGGCAACAACGGAUAUAUAAUUUUAACAGUCUUCUAAAAUGGCAGCAUUUUUUUAAUUUAAACGCCCUCGUAACUUUAACCGUUUCCGAGAUAGCAAUAUUGUCCCUAUGAAAUAGUUGGGACCCUGUAUACCCUAUCAUUUUUGACCAGUUGAACUGGGACACCGUGUAUUUUCGAGGUAAAACGAUUUACGUAGGUUAUUUCUAGCAUUUAUUGAAAGUGAAAAAAAUAACACUGCCCAAAAAAAAGAACUCUCAUAUUGGUGGUAGAAUGUACUUUUUCAAUAAUGUAAUAUAAUAAUAUGCGAGGUUUCUCAAAAAUUAAUUAAUUGAUUGUUUUUUGCUAAUUUGAAAAUACAAAAUUGAUCUGUACAGGGUAUCCCAAAAUCGAGGGUGACUAUUGAGAUAUCGGAAACUAUAAGAGAUACGAGGUCGGUUAAAUUAUGGCAAAGCUGCGCAAUUUUAUGACCAAUAAAAUGCCGUUUUCAAAAAUUUGAAAAAUUCCGAAUACUUCCGAAGAUAUUCGGAAAAAACCGAAAUUUUGCAAAAUCAUUUUUAUUUUUUUCCUGAGUCUACUUAAAGAGCAAUUUUAAUAGUUAUUUAUGUAUCAAGGGAAUUAUGAGGGUGUUAAUACCCCAGGGCAAAGUUUGUGCCCGAGGGCCUUCGGCCCGAGGGACACCAAUUGCCCGUAGGUAUUAACACCUGAUAAUUCCCGUGGUACAUAGAUAAUUUUAUUUCCUACUGAAUUUAAUGUAUGUUGUCCAUUUUUAUAAAGGAAUAAACCAUAAACCAAAAUUUCUAUUUUUUGUCAAAGUUUUACCUAUUCAAGGUAAACGCUGGAGUCAUGGAAAUCCUUAACUCCCUUGGGAGUUAAGACCCUGUUUAUGAUUAUCGUAACCAACGUAUUAUGUG